GCUUCCGGUAUCUUAUUGAGCUGAUUUACAUUGUAACGUGCAUUGUGUCUUUUGCUAUUCUGCAAAUUCUGUUUUUCCUACCGUUUGCUGCCUGCCCUGCAAAUCAUAAUGUCUACUGAUUGGAACAAUGGCCUCUGCUCUUGCUUUGAGGAUUGCAGUACUUGCAUCAUCACGUUAUUUGUACCGUGCUACACUUUUGGCAAGAAUGCCGAACAACUUGGCGAGAACUGUGUAAUGUAUGGACUCUCAUGGAUGGUGCCUAUCCUCAACAUCUGGUGCAGAACCCAGAUUCGUGGCAAGAUCAGGGAACAACAGGGAAUCGAUGGGUCAUGCUUGAACGAUCUUCUCUGGGUGUUUUUCUGUGAAUUCUGUACCAUGGUGCAGGAAGCUAGGCAACUGCAAGGUCCUGGAGGUCAAAGCAUGGCUCGCGAGUAGACUCAAGAAAAAAUUAACAACUUUUGAACUUGAAUUUUAAAAACAAGUAAAGUGUAUAGAUUUUCUAUUAUGUGAAAGCACCGUGGGUAUGCUGAUGUCUCGGUGCAAUGAAGUUGACUGUAACUACUUUUGAAAAGCCUCUUAUAAUUAUGUACUAUUCUUC